AUGCCGCACCUCGAGCCCUACAAGGGAGACUACUAUCUCUGGAAGUACCUGCCAAAUCUUCCUGUGUGCAUCGUCUUUGGAGUCUUAUUCCUCUUCAUUACUACGGCGCAUAUAUGGCGCAUGAUCAAGGCUAGACUCUGGUUUUGCUCCCCUUUUAUCUUCGGAGGUAUCAUCAUGAUCCUCGGCUUUUUGAUGCGCGGAAUCGCAUACUAUAACACUUCCAACCUCAUCUUCUACAUCCUGCAGAGUACCUUUCUCGUUCUGCCUCCAGCAUUCUUCGCGGCGUCCAUGUACAUGGUGUACACACGCAUCGUCCGCGCGCUGGGUCGAGAAGACUGCUCCAUCAUUCCUCCACGCUGGUCAACACGCCUCUUUCUCGCGGCCGAUAUUCUUUGCAUCAACAUCCAAGGCAACGGAGCGGGCCUGACAGCGAACCAAACGCCAGCCGUUGCGACGGCGGGACGCUGGAUCCUCAUCUCGGGCCUGAUCCUCCACGUCGUCGUCUUCACUGGCUUUAUAUACAUCUGCGCAAUCUUCCACAGGCGCUUUCGACAUUACCUGGCUAACACGGGGGAAACGACGCUGGUUCCGUGGCGGCAGUCCCUGACCAUGCUGUACGGCACGUCGGUGACGAUCAUGGCGAGGAACAUCUUUCGAACGAUCGAGUACGUGAUGGGCGAGGAUGCGUAUCUACUUUCGAAUGAGUGGCCACUCUAUGUUUUUGACUUUGGCCCCAUGGCGGUGGUCAUGUUGGCUUUUCUGAUCUGGUACCCCGGCAAUCUUCAUGGUUCGGGCAGGGAAUGCAUGGAACUGCACUCGCGAGACAGCGCUGGCGAGCCCUUUGCCCGCGGGAAGACGUCCGAGAGGACCUGA